AUGCGAGAAAGGGAGGGGCGGAUCACAUGACUUCAGCCUCUGCCCAGUUUCAGAGAUCGAGGCUUCGUCCACCGGCUCUAGGGGCUCUUCUCUGCGGCCGGCCCUCGUGCUAUGUGGUUGCGUGGCUGCCAAGCUACCUCUCUGGGCCAGUGAGUGAACUUUUACCAAAAGCUAUUAUGAUUUGGUCUCCUAAAUGCCAUGCGAGGGGCGAUUGGAAUUUGACGCCCUACGCUUCUAGAGCACACAAGUCUCUGUGUACGUUGGAUCCAGAUGCCUAGCGUCCAGUUGGGGGACACAUAGAGUGUGGCGCCCAAUGGAGUUCUCACCCUGGACUAAGGAUCGACGACUUAGUGGAAGAAGAGCCCUUACUCCUACACAAACCAAGGCAGAGCAGAGCUCAAACCUGGAAGAGAUAGAGGCCACCUCACGGUCUUUGCCCUUAGGCACGUCUCUUCAAUCUUGCUUGUUUUUUUUUUUUUUGUUUUGUUUUUGUUUUUAUUUAUUUAUGAUAGAGAGAGAGAGGCAGAGACAUAGGCAGAGGGAGAAGCAGGCUCCAUGCACCGGGAGCCCGAUGUGGGAUUCAAUCCCGGGUCUCCAGGAUCGCGCCCUGGGCCAAAGGCAGGCGCCAAACCGCUGCGCCACCCAGGGAUCCCUUGCUUGGUUUUCUUAAGCAACCAUAGUAAUCUAACACACAAUGCUCUUUUCUUAGAACCAUCCUAUAUCUUCCCUUGGACGCUGAACACAGGUCCACGUCUGUCAUUCAAGAUCUUGCAGAGCCUCUUACCUGCCUCCCAUUCCAGCAUCUGAGUCACGGGGGCGAGUGGUGGUGCAGGAAUCAGAGUAAUGCCUCGCCAGCCAGCCGUAAGAAAAUAUUUGCAGUUUCCUGACAGACCUUCUGGACUUUCCACACGUGGCCUUGCACAGUCUCCCUACCAGGGCUUGAGAAGGGUGAGAGUCAGACCCACCUUGUUCCUGCAGCCUGUAACUUGAACUGCAGGUCUCAGGUGACAGCAGCAGCUUCUGCAUCAAUAAUUGAGAGCAGGUCCAGCCUGCCUCAGGGUUCUCUGGCCCCAAGGACUCCCCCUCCUGUCCUAUGCUCUGAUCUUCCCCCAGCCGGAGCCUCCAGCCCAGGUAAGCAGGGCUCUUGAGCGUGGGUUCCCAAGCAUACCAGUUCAAACUCACUAUCACUCACCUACUCACAUCCACUUUUACACUCUUGCUUUCAAUUUUAGUCCCCACCAUCACCAGAGGCCUCACAAGGGGCAGAUGUGGAGGAAAGGGAGGAUCAUCCAGGGCAUGCAAGAGGAAAGAGCACUUAUCCCCCAUCGGGGCCCUGGAAGAAGAGGCUCGAGCUUGGGGGGACAGUGGGUGCUGUGUGUGUACACGCUUGUAAAAGGAAUUCUGAAAGAGAACAGAAAAGGCAAAUGCAGGGGAGGAUGCAUGAAAGGACUGGAGAGGAGACUCAGGGACUCCUCCCAACCUCAGGAAAGAACAGAUGGAGGGGUGGGAAGGAAUCGCAUCCUAACACCCUAUGGAAUGUUUUGAUUGCCUUUUACUGAGGCAGCACACAAGGCCCGGAGGGGUUUCUGACUACAAAGUUGUGCUCUUUUGCUCCACAUUAAUGGGUCAGAGGAGACAAGGCAGAGGGGAGGCUGGGUGGGGGAUAUCUCAGGGGACUAUGGAAAGUGGUCCAGAAGAGGUGACUAAAGAGAUGAGGGGAAACAGAUGGAAGAAGCACGGUGAAGAUAGGACCAAGGGCCAGAAGUGGGAAGAGGUGGUUUGGGGAUGGAUGCAGAACACAGACUAGCAUGAAGUCCUUGAAAGUAAGUACAUGGUUUUGACUUUGAACCAAUUCAGAUUCAAAUCCCCAUUUUGCUGUGUGACUAUGGGCAAAAGACAGCCUUUCUGAGCUAUGGUUUGUAAAACACAGGGAUAAUUAAUACAAACGACAAAUGGUGGAUGUGGGUUUCCCUCCCUGCCUCUUCUCCCCUCAGAGCCCUGGUGGGGACCAUGUCCCCCGCCAUCGCACUGGCCUUCCUGCCACUGGUGGUGACAUUGCUGGUGCGGUACCGGCACUACUUCCGACUGCUGGUGCGCAUGGUCUUGCUGCGGAGCCUCCGAGACUGCCUGUCAGGGCUACGGGCUGAGGAGCGGGCCUUCAGCUAUGUGCUCACCCACGCCCUGCCUGGGGACCCCAGUCAUAUCCUUACCACCCUGGACCACUGGAGCAGCCACUGCGAGUACCUGGGCCACAUGGGGCCUGUCAAAGGUCAGAUCCUGAUGCGGCUGGUGGAGGAGAAGACCCCUGCAUGUGUGCUGGAGCUGGGCACCCACUUCGGGUAUUCCACACUGCUUCUUGCCCGUGCUCUGCCCCCUGGGGGCCGCCUUCUCACUGUGGAACGGGACCCACGCAUGGCAGCAGUGGCUGAAAAACUCAUCUGCCUGGCUGGCUUUGACGAGCGCACGGUGGAGCUAAUUGUGAGUAGCUCAGAGGAGGUGAUCCCACGUCUACGAACCCAGUACCAGCUGAGUCGGGCAGACUUGGUGCUCCUGGCACACCGGCCCCGAUGUUACCUGCGAGACCUGCAGCUGCUGGAGGCCCAUGCCCUGCUGCCAGCUGGUGCUACUGUGUUGGCUGACCACGUGCUCUUCCCUGGUGCACCUCGCUUCCUGCAGUAUGCCAAGAACUGUGGCCGCUACCGCUGCCGCCUCCACCACACUGGCCUCCCAGACUUCCCUGCCAUCAAGGAUGGCAUAGCCCAGCUCACCUAUGCAGGGCCUGGCUGAGGUCCAGGCCCAGGGGUACUUACUGCUGCCCCUCCACCCCCAUCCAAGCAAGGAUCUCAGGACAUCUCCUCCCCUCUCUGCUUGUGGCCUGACACAUGCUGGGCUCAGGGAUGGGGAGGCUGUGCUCCCACCUUUGCCCUACUCCAGUUCCACACUGACAAGGCGUCAAGUUAGGUCAGACUGCUUGGUCUCACUGGCCCCUACCUAUCCUUCCAGAGAGACCUAUGGAUUAACAGGCAAGAGUCCUGAGCUCCCAACCCAACUCUAUCACUGAUUUUCUGGAUGACUCCAAGGGAAUCCCUGGGCUGCUCUGAGAUUUAAUCUGCUCUCCUAAUACCAAGGAAGCUGUCUGGAAGAGCUCCAGGGGCCUCCCAUUUCUGAGACUCAGAUAGCCUGCCCCCCCCAGCCCAUGCAGUUCCAGGUGGGAUCAGAGGAAACAGAGAAACUCUGAAGGAAUGUAUGGAUACAAGCUGGGCCAGAGGAAACGGACAUGGAGCCUGGGCCCAUGGCUAGGGCCACCCUGGCCUUGCUUAGCCCUGGACCACAUGGUCAGG